AUGCGGCCCCGGGAGGCCGACUUGACCAGGAGCGUGGCAGGUCUGGGCGUGCUCGCGCUGCCGAUGAGCGAAGUAUGGGAGCACUCUGACCGUGCCGACGAGCCCCGCCACGGCCAUGCCCCAGAGGAGGAAGAGGCCUCCGGGCAGGCCUCGGAGCUGUCCUGGGCACGGAGCUCGGGCGUUGCCCGGGGGAAGCUGGCCCCCUUCGCGCCCUGGGGCCGGGACCCGCUGUACGGCGGCUUCCCCGUGAGCGUCCUGCGGGAGAUCACGAUCCUCAGGAGCCUGGGCAACCAAGCCGACAUGUUCGUCGUCGAGCGCCUGAGCUCACGCGUGACACAGGUUGCGGAGGCGGUCAAGAACACGGAAGUCUGGGAGCGGUCGGUCCCAUGCCCGUUGUUGACCAAGAAGUAUAACCAGUUGGCCGCAGGCGGGCUGCACUUCGCGAGCGGCCUCAUUGGCCCCCGAGGGUCCCUGCCUGAUUACCCCGCUGCCGCCAUCGCCAGGGGCGUGCGGCUCGGCACCGCACCGGCGGUGCGCCCCGCGCGCCCCGGGGCGCAGCGGCCCAUGCGCUCCUCGCAGGCGGUGCUCCGGCUGGCUGGGGGCCUGGUGUGCGCGCUGCUGUGCGUGUGCGCGGCGCUCGCGUUCGUGGCAGACGCCGCGGCCGCGCUGGCGAGAGGCGAGCUGGCCACGGCGGCGCACGCGCUCGCCGAGUGCCUGCUCAUGGGCGUUGGGGGCGCGGCAGGGGUGUCGGCCGAGAUCCGGCCGCACCCGCUGAUCAGCGAGAACGCGCCCUUCCUGUCCGGGCUGGGCGGCCGGGCGGGCCUCUACCUCUUCCUGGGGAUGUUCGUGGUCGGGCGGAAGCCGGGCGGGCUGCAGGCUUGGCUCGACUCCUUCGUAGGCGUGUGCCUGAUGGGCGUCUCAGCCGCCGGCGUGGCGUUCGCGCGCCGGCUCAGCGGCCUGCCGCCGGGGCUCACAGAGCCCGCGCUAGGACGUGAGAUGCAGGGCCCGGGGCCGCGGCCGGGCCCGGCGGGCCCGGCGUCGGCCCCGCCGGGCGGCGCGCAGCCCGCGGCGCUCGCGCACGAUCGCCAGGAGUCGCCGUUCUCGUGA